CGGCCUAACCUACUGCGACGCUCAAAUUUCUCCUUUGCUGAGCAAUUUUAAAAUGAUGGCAAAAAUCAGCGCUGUCGUUCCGGUGGCCAUUUUACUCUACUUAGCAGCGUCCGGAGCAGCAAAAUCAACAGAUCGAGAAGAGACCGAAUCAACUGAUUUCGGCCAAGACAUAGAGUUGGGAGCAGUGCCAGACGACGGAAGUGUGGAAACGGCUUUACUGAACUAUCUCUUUGCAAAGCAGAUAGUGGCUCGCCUACGUACCAACGCUAACCCCCAAGAUUUGAUGAGAAAACGAUCGUAUUGGAAGCAGUGCGCAUUCAACGCCGUCUCCUGUUUUGGCAAAUGAUCGGAAUCAAGAAAUGUUAAAGCAAAAUCAAUAACUUUUUUUGUUUCAAACUGUGGAUCUGUAACAACACACUCUGGCUGUUUUCAUUGAACAGGAGCAAUUGAUUUCUUUUUAUUGGCAUCACAUGUUCAAGUUUUUUUAUUCAAAUGAAUUAGAAUAGAUUGUCGAUGGAAAUCACAAUAAAUAUGUAUAGGCUAAAUCAUAGAUUGCUUGCAUACACAUCUAGACUCGA